AUGGCAGACACCAUCAAGGAGUUCAUCGAGAUUCCGCAGAGCUUCGUCAAGGAGGGAACUCAGUUCAUGACUAGGUGUACAAAGCCAUCACAAAAGGAGUUCAUUCAGAUCUGCAGGAUGGUGGGCAUGGGCUUCGCAGUGAUGGGUUUCAUCGGCUACUUUGUCAAGUUGAUUCACAUUCCGAUUAACAACAUCCUCGUCGGUGGAGCAUAGAACAUUUUGUCACUCAUACGUAUUCAAUGCAUAUGCGGCGUAUAUCCCUACUGGUACUCGGAGUGACCAAGUCGAAUGUCUGAUGUUUGAAAAUGUGGGCUGUUGGUAUAGUAUGGCUGAAGUACAGUGAAAUUCUGAACCUGGGAACUACGAAGAGAGGGACCUCUGACUAUGCAGAGCGAAGCAAGCAAUCAGCUCCAUCGUCUGCUCGUCUCUUUCUGCUGCC